AUGAACAAUUUUGAAUCCAUUCAUUCUUCGCUUGAUUUUAACGAGAGUCUAUUAGAGACUAAUCCUUUUGCAGAUGCUGUGCCUACAGGAAGUGGCUCGAUUGAACCUGCAGAUACUCAGCAUAGUCAUGACAUUGAGCAGCAGACAGUUAUUGAACAACAAACAACACCGCCAGUGAAUGAACAACAAAUAGAAGAAGAACAGACAAUAGAAGAAGAAGAACCAAGUGAAAUGACUGAACGGUUACAACAAGUUGAUAUCAAUAAACCGAGUUCACUUGACACAUCGUCUAUAGAAGAUACCCAAUCAAAAUCCUUACAAGUGCCCGAAAGUGGAUCUCGACCCUAUUUUCAAAUUACCAUUGAGGAUCCACAGAAAGUAGGUGACGCUAUUAAUGCUCAUAUUGUCUAUAAAGUCAGAACCAAGACCAACUCUCCUGCUUUCCGUUCACCAGAAGUGAUUGUGGCAAGAAGAUACCGCGACUUUUUAUGGCUUUAUAACCAACUGACACUAGGCAACCCAGGCGUGAUUGUACCUCCUGUGCCUGAAAAGCAUGCAUUAGGCCGCUUUCAAGAUGAUUUUGUAGAGUCAAGAAGAAUGGCCUUGGAGCGAUGUCUGCAAAAGAUCGUUGCACAUCCGAUGCUCUAUGGAGAUCCUGACCUAAAGGUAUUUUUGGAAAGCGAAUCAUUUAAUAUCGAAAAGCGACAGAGACGAGCGGAACCAGAAAAACUCGGGUUUAUGCGAUCCUUUGGCGAGACACUAUCGAAUGCAGCCACCUUUUCAAAGUUUGUCGAGGUCGAUGAAUGGUUUGCAUCGAAACGAAAUCAGCUGGACGCAUUGGAGGCGCAGUUAAAGGGGCUGUUGAAAAGCGUGGAAGGCGUAGUAAAGCAACGAAAGGAACUGGGUUCAGCCACAGCCGAUUUUGGUGAAAGUAUGUUUCCGCUGGCCUCGGCGGAAUUAAAUCAUAGCUUAUCGACUCAUUUGAAAAUACUUGGAGAGAUACAGAAAAAGAUGAAGCAGUUGCAUGAGGAGCAGGCACAAUAUGAUAUCAUUACUCUAGAGAAUACAAUCGAUGAGUAUAUUCGUAUCAUUGGAUCUAUUAGGAUCGCUUUUAAUGCUCGAGUGAAGGCGUAUCAAACUUAUCAACAAGCUGACUCUGAAUUACAGCGAAAGCUGGCCUUAUUUGAGAAAGUGAAGGCACAGCAAAAGAACAAGCCGGACAAGUUGGCUGCUUCUCAACAAGAAAUUAACGAGAUGAAACAAAGGGUGGAAGAGCUUGAGCAAGAGUUUUAUGAUAUAUCUAAGCUGAUAAAGAGUGAACUGGAUCGAUUUGAUAAGGAAAAAGUGGAAGACUUUAGAGAUAGUGUUCAGCAAUUCCUAUGUAGUAUGAUUGAGCAUCAAAAACAGAUUGUUGCGCUAUGGGAAACAUAUUUUGAACAGACAGAAGGGCUUGAAGAAGAGGAAGAAGAAGAAGCAGAAACAGAGUAA